AUGCGACCCGAGAGAAGACGUGAGGCUGUGGCCACGAGCGCCACGUCGGCUGAGACGACCCGCGAGAUGCACCACUUGGUGGUCUCAGCACUGAAGACGCUGCGAUUACCAGUGGACGCGUUUACAUCAUCGGAGAGCUCGGAAGUCACUGCCUCCGGUCGAUCCACUCUCAGUCUCAAACGACUCGUCCAACUGAAGCAAAUGCCCAAACUGCAGCCCGUGGGAAGUGUCUACAGCUCCGACUUAGCGCUCCGAUUGUUGUUCAGCUGCAGGAACGCGGAUGUCAUUGCGGUGCACACGACAGUCGCCUCAGAAAAGUCCGAGCUAUCGGAAGUGUCCGACAUUUCGACUGUUGACGAUCCUCGGAAACUGGCGGAGCUGUGCGUCGAUGCACUCAAUUUGGAGCUCAGUCGACGACCGUAUCGCCACAUUGUGCGCGUACGGCUGCCUGACGUGAGUGACGUCGCUCUGGGCGCUCGACCCGACCGGAUUCUGGUGCAGGUGCGCGAGUUUGCAGAGUGCCGAACCAGUGGGGCAGUCGAUGCGGCCCUUCGUGCCCAACUGCCGCUGACGAUCGUGUUUCGAGACGACGCUCUUGUCGUCGUGGAUAAGCCUGCGAACGUAUUGAGCGUGGAUGGAACGGACGCCAGCGCUUUGCCUUCGGUGCAUCGCUGCAUUGCGGACGUGUACCCGGAAGCACGGAUGGUGCAUCGCCUGGACCAAGAAACGUCGGGUCUGCUGGUUGUCGCGCUGACGAAGUCUGCAGCUCAGAGUUUGAACGCUCAAUUCCGAGACCGGUCGGUCGAGAAGGUCUACAUGGCACGAGUUGAUGGAUGGAUGGACGAUCCAGAGGACGACUCAGCGUCGACGAGGUGCUUGAGGGUACCGAUGGAGAAGCAUCCGAGCCAACAACUUGUCCAACGGGUCGCUCCAGAGCGCGAUGAUGUCGAUCCUUCGAGCUCGCUCUGGUCGCUCACCGAAUAUCGGGUACGAUCUCGCGCAGUUGAUGGCGUUCAAGAAGAUUGGCGAUCGACGAUGGUGGACCUCACACCCGUGACAGGCAAGACCCACCAGCUUCGACUGCACAUGCAGCAUCUGGGUCACCCGAUUCUAGGCGACUCGUUGUACUCUCCCGAGCGCGUGUAUCACCGUGCCUCGCGUCUGUGUUUACAUGCUGCAAAGCUGGCAUUCACGCACCCAGUCACGAACGAGCGUCUGAGGUUCGAGAGUUUACGGCCCGCAGACUUUUUUGCAAGCUGGAGACACAGCGCUUCGAGUCCACAACGGCCACACAGUCGGCUGUACCGUGCGGUCGAAGCUGACUGUUGCGUCGUGAAACGCUGA